CUCAAGUUCAAAGAUUCUCUACUAGCUAGCAGAAUUUUCCUCUCCUCUCUCAAGCCAUUGAAAUACUAAUUAUCUUUUUUCAAAGUGACAAAUUAAUAAUGGCUAUUCGUUUUCCUCGUGUAUCAUAUUCCAAGAAGAUUCUCCGCCGAUCAAAUUCAUUUCAAGAUCAACCAACUCCCUCUGAUGUUCCAAAAGGCCAUAUUGCAGUCUAUGUUGGGGAUCAGGAUCAAAAGAAGAGAUUUGUAAUUCCAAUAUCCUUCUUGCAUCAGCCUUCAUUUCAAGAGUUGCUAUGCAUGGCAGAGGAGGAAUUUGGCUAUAAUCAUCCAAUGGGAGGUUUAACACUUCCCUGCACAGAAGACAUCUUCUUUGACCUCACUGCCCGCUUGGACAGAUUGUGAUAUACAGAACUUCUGAUCAAUUAGGAGUUACAAUUUUUUUUUUUUUUUAACUUUUGUAGAAAGACGAUGCUGAU